AUGGCUUCUCCUCUUCUUCCGACUUCAACUCCUGAUCAUCAUCUUCUUCCCGGCGGCGACGAUCCACAGUUGCUAAGCUCUCUUCGCCUCCUCGUGUCUCGUGUUCUUGCUUCAAUCCGUCACGCUUUAGCCGACGCUCGGCCUUGGACCGAGCUCGUUGAUCGGUCAGCGUUUUCGCGGCCUCCGUCGCUUUCGGAGGCCACUUCGCGAGUGAGGAAGAACUUUUCUUACUUCCGUGCCAAUUACAUAACCUUAGUAGCAAUCUUGCUCGCUGCGUCUCUCAUUUCGCACCCUUUUACUCUCUUCCUCCUUGCAUCUUUGGCUGCUUCUUGGCUUUUCCUUUACGUUUUCCGUCCCGCGGAUCAGCCGUUGGUCAUCGGUGGACGGACGUUUUCCGAUCUUGAGACGUUAGGGAUGCUCUGUAUCGCAACUGUGGUGGUUAUGUUCAUGACCAGCGUUGGAUCGCUCUUGAUGUCGACUCUGGCCCUUGGAACUAUGGCUGUGGCCAUCCACGGCGCGUUUCGUGCGCCUGAAGAUUUGUUUCUUGAGGAACAAGAAGCCAUUGGAUCUGGUUUAUUCGCAUUCUUCAACCAGACCGCCUCAAACGCAGCUGGCUCUGCAAUCGCCACCUCUGCGAUGUCGCGAGUUCGAGCCUGA